GGACAAGAAAAUCAGUAUAAAUAAGAGAGUGUGUAUUUUGGAUCAGUAUAUAAAGACGACACGUGGGGGGUCGGUGAUUAUAAUCGGAUGCAAACCUAUUUAUAUUCCUCUCUUUAUUCUUCCUUUCUCGUCCGCCUCUUGUUUUCUCUCAUUCUCUCUUCUUCUUCCUUCAUCUUCCUCCUCCUUCUUCUUCUUCAAUCACAAACCCUAAAACCAAACUUACCUCUUCACUCUCUCCUUCAAAUCCAUGGCUGCUGCCGCUUCAUCCACAAGCCAGGUUUAUAUCGAUGUAAUCGAAGAUGUCAUGACCAAAGUUCGCGAUGAGUUUGUCAACAACGGUGGUCCUGGUGAAGAAGUUCUCCGAGAGCUUCAAGCCAUUUGGGAAUCGAAGAUGAUGCAAGCUGGUGCAGUGGUUGGUCCAAUUGAGAGGACUAAUGGACCGAAUAAACCGACACCUCCCGUUCAUGAUCUUAAUGUUCCGUAUGAGGGAAAUGAGGAGUAUGAAACUCCUACUGCUGAGAUACUUUUUCCUCCUACGCCAUUGCAAACUCCGAUUCAAACUCCUUUACCUGGAACUGGGGAGACCCCGUCAUAUAAUAUUCCUACUGGACAGAGUGACUACUCUUCUGGGAAUGAUACUGGUGCAAAUGCUGAUCUGAAAGGUGGAAGAACAGGCCCUUACAUGCAACCUCCUUCUCCUUGGAUGAUGAAUCAGAGGCCCCCACUUGAUGUCAACGUUGCUUAUGUGGAAGGACGGGAUGAGGCAGAUAGAGGAGCUUCGAAUCAACCUACGACACAGGACUUCUUCCAAAUGCCUGGUGGAAAGCGGAAACGCAAUGAUUUGCCUCCACCAUAUGAUGCUGGAGGAUAUAUACCUCAGCAAGAUGGAGCUGGUGAUGUUGUGUCUGGCGAUUUUGAAAUUGAGGUAUGUGGAGGGAGCAUCUCCUUCAGUUCACAACACACUAACUCAAAAGGGAAAAUUCCCGCAAAUUUGGAGAGACUGGCUUCUAGUUCUAGGAUUCCUCAACUUGAUGGACCGAUUCCUUACGAGGAUGAUGUGCUUUCUACUCCAAAUAUUUACAAUUAUGGUGGAGUUUACAGUGAAGACUACAACAUUGCAAAUACACCAGCUCCUCCUGAAGUACCAGUAAGCACACCUGCUCUCGUAGCUCAAAAUGAGGUGGUAAAUGAUGAUGAAGAUGAUGAGCCUCCACUAAAUGAAAAUGAUGAUGAUGAUUUGGAUGACUUGGACCAAGGAGAUGAUCAGAAUACAAGUCAUCUCGUUUUGGCCCAAUUUGACAAGGUGACACGUACCAAGAGCAGGUGGAAAUGCACAUUAAAGGAUGGCAUCAUGCACAUAAAUAACAAGGAUAUUCUCUUCAACAAGGCAAACGGAGAGUUUGACUUCUGAUUUUGUUGUGGCCAUUGCUUCGGUGAAAGCAUAAUUCUGAGUUGUCAGUGUUUCGUGAUAUUUCUUUGAUUGUAGUUAUUAUUAAGAGAGAGAUUCAGGAAGAGAGAAAUCCUUACACUUUCAAGACUGUUUUGAUAUUGGCCUCUUGUGCAUAAUGGGCAAUUUUUGGCCUUAACAUGAAUGGUUAGAUACUCUGAGCAUUUCCUCAAGUCCAUUUGUCAAGUAUGUAGUUCAUUUAGUUCUGUAUACUUGGACAUUUUGGUUAAUUUCAGAGCUGCACUGUAUG